UAGCCUCUCCAGUCAAAGGUCGGUGUAGUCGACCAAUCGUUGACUUCGACACAAAUAAACAAUGUUCAACAGAACUGAUAGGGUAUAGUUACUAGAAUUAAAUAUAUAACAAUGUUUCGGUUGUGUCAUGACAGAAUUCGUGUUUUGACUGGCUUCCUUAUCUUGUGCUGACUGGACUACAUUGUUGAAUCCACUCCGAAGCCACGCCUGUUUCUUUUUGAUGCUUUCACGGUAGCUCCUGCACUCAUCACCUCAUUCACUUUCGGUGUACCAACCCGACUCAACUCAACGCAACAGCAGCCUGCGGUCCGGUUCUGUUAUCCUGACUCACUCCAAGGUGUUUCGACACGGCAGUAGGACGGUUGCGCUGUGAGCAUGAACCUAAGCCUCUCUGAGCAGAACAUGCACAACCCCAGUGACGGCGGCCUGGAAGAUGACAAGGCUGAGCUCAUGAUCCCCUGUUUCCGCAGAAACAUGUUUGAUGAGCCUAUAACGUCGUACUCCAACGGCUCCAUCAUCUCCCACCUCUUGCGCAAAACCAUCCACACCAAGAGGGCUCUAGAUGAAAGCCACUUCUACCUACCCAACUUGGCUGUAUCCAGUUCCACUAUGGCUGACUCCAGUCAGGAGGACCAGAGCAGUAUCUCCUCCAGGGACAGUGCGGCAGAGUCCGCAUCCCCAGGCAGUCACCUCUCAACUGGCGCUAGCCCUGAAGAGGACAGGCCACUGAGUGAUCACCUCCAGGCAAAGCGUGCCCGUGUGGAGAACAUAAUCCGAGGAAUGUCGGGCUCUCCCAACAGCAGGCUCCAUGGGGAGAACGAGAGGGCCGAGUCGGACGUCAGGGAGGCCAGAGAGGCCUACAGGGAGAACAAACGCAAACAGAGGCUCCCCCAGCACCAGGAACACCAUCUGACUCCUCCAGCUCCAUCCAACCGAGGCAGCAGUGGGAGCAAGGAUGAGGAGUGCCACAAACUGAAGGAGCAGCUACAGAGCAUGCAGAGGCUCCUGCGACAGCUCCAGGAGAAGUUCCUGCAGGUUUAUAACCAGGAAGGCACUGAGUGCGAGGGAAGAGACGACACGGGCGCAGAAAAUGAAGACGCCACGACAGGCAAAGAGUCUGGAUUCGUGUUUCCUAUGAGCACGGAUGAUGAGUCAGAGCGGACGAGUGACAGGGCUAAAGGGGGUUUACCGGACAGAGCGAAGACGGGCAACCUUUUUUUAACGCACCAAAAGGAAAGCGGGAAUUUACAGGACACUCUGAAGCAUGAACUCUGCAAGGCUGUGAGUGAGAGUGUUGAUAUGGUAUUCAAGAAAAUCUCAUCCACAGGGCUCAAGCAGUCUCCUGCUCAGCGCAUGUGUCCCCGACCAGAGCACAUCAGCGUGGGAGCUGACAGGAAGAGCCAGGAAGACGGUAACCAGGAGCAAUCACACACUGAAGAGACGGGCAAACCCCGGGCUCUAGAGUACUAUGAGAGCACUGAGACACGCAGCGCUGAGGGUCAGACCGAGGCUCUGUCUCUAGUUGUCCGUAAGCCGCCCCUGAGCCAGCUCAGCUCAGUCACCCCGACAGUAAAGAGGCCCUAUCCCUUACACCAUUCCCCAUUCCAGUUCAACUACAGCACACCUCUCCAUGACAGCCAAAUCCUGGAGCACCUCCUCAAAUACGGGCCCCACACUAGCUUUGGAACUCUCCCAUGCAUGCCCCCAUCAAUGGACAGAGCCUCCCCAGACUCGGUGGAACGGCCCUGGGAUGCCAUCGCCAUGAGGUCCAAAGUAACAUCCAGCCACUUAGCCCACCACCCUUGCCCAUCAGGCUUAGGCCCAGUGACCGUGGACAGUCUGUGUCUUCCUCAUGUCAAGAUGGAGUGUGGGGACCUGCAGAGCAUGGCUGAGAGAAACUCUUAUAUGUCCCUCAAUAUCCAGGAAGGCCUGACCCCCAACCACCUAAAGAAAGCAAAGUUGAUGUUCUUCUACACCAGAUACCCCAGCUCCAACGUGCUGAAAACUUUCUUUCCAGAUGUCAAGUUCAAUCGUUGCAUCACCUCCCAGCUCAUCAAGUGGUUCAGUAACUUCCGUGAGUUCUACUACAUCCAGAUGGAGAAGUUUGCCCGACAGGCCAUUGUGGAUGGGGUCAACAAUGUGAAAGACAUGUCUGUCAGUAGAGACUCUGAACUGUUCAGAGCCCUCAACAUGCACUACAACAAAGCCAAUGACUUCCAGGUUCCUGAGAGAUUCCUUGAGGUUGCUGAAAUUACUCUUCAAGAGUUUUUCAACGCCAUUUCAACUGCCAAAGAUUCCGACCCGUCUUGGAAGAAGGCAAUCUACAAAGUCAUCUGUAAACUGGACAGUGAUGUCCCAGAUGAGUUCAAAUCCUCCACCUGCUUAUAGAAAAAGUAACCAAAAGCCAUGAUCAAAGGAGUGAUAUACAAUUGCAGUCAUGCAAUGACCAUAAGUGCUACAUUUCACUCCUCUUGCAAUUGAAAACAAAUAUGAUGUUGUACAUUUAAUAUUAUACACUGCAGUAUUGAGCCUAAGUAUUGCAAAGGCUUUUUAUUUGUCUCAUUCAACAUAUUGUAUUAUUGCUUCAGCUCUCUUCUAUGUGUUUAACUGAAAGCAGAUUAUUGUGACGUUGUGUCUCCGUAUGGAUUCCAUUACAGAUAUUGUAUCUUAAUUUGAGAUACCAGGAGAAUAGCAACAGCAAAAGAGGGAUUGUUUUGUUGAGACUCAUGUUUUUUUAAGGGCAAAUCAAUUUUACUGAGCAAAAAAUAAGCCUUUUAAUCUUUGACCACACUGCAAGUCAUGUAACAUCUGGAUGGCCAAAUUAACACAGAGCAUCUGUAAAAAAAAAAGAUGCAGUUGCAUGUUUGUAUAUUUCUUAUAUUUAAGGGGACUGUUUCAAAACUGCGGGGAACUUUCUCAUUUGUUAGACUUCCAAAUGUAAUUUAAAAAUCCACAUUUUAUACAUAUUGAUUUAUGCUUUCUCUAUGGAAAUGUAUUGUGGUUACUAUACUGUGCUCAUUUCCAAAGUUAUUUUAAUUUUAUUAUCGAGUGUUUUAUGUAAAUACGCUGCGAUUACAUUUGGAUAAUCUAGUGUUGAAGCCCCUAUAAACUAAUAGCAUGUAAAUAUUGCAAAUUAUCAGAAAAUUACAGUGAGAUGUUUGCUUUGUGCCAAUUGCUUGUAUUCUAUGGCCUGAUUUCAACUUCCAUAGGCACCAUGUUUUGAGUGGUUAUUUGAUAGUCCAGUUAACAGAAUAAAGAUGCACUUAUAUUGGCAUGCCUUGUUUUGGAAUAACUGUGUGUCGCUUUAAG